CACUUCGAGCAAAAUAAUAUUUUAUUACAUAAAUAUACAAUACGAUAUAUUAUUACGUACAAUUGGUCAUUGGAACACAUGGUCGAGUCCCAACAAGCAUUCAUAGAAGAAAGAAUUAUUCAUGUGGCCAAUGGUAGAUCUUUAUUUUGUAAACAACGUCAAAUAAUCAAUAAAAAUCGUUAUCACCAUUCUAUUUGUGUUUACACUUGCGGGCUGCAGUUCAGACCGAGGUGCGCUUGUAUAUUAAUUUUAAUUUUAUAUUGAUAUAAAGAACAUUAUUACUAUCGUACUUAAAAUUUAUUUCAGUAUUUCAUUAUAAUUACCCGGGUUACAAAUAUUUGAUAUUCUUCGGUUAAUCGAAGAAUCAUUUAAAUACACCCAUAGUGGAAAACACUAUAAAUAAUGAAUCGACGGAGACGGGCGUCAUCAAUUGCUAGUCGAGCAACUGAUGACGAAGUAGAAAGUUCUCCAGUCGAACACACACGCAAAAAAAGACGAGUGGAUCCGGUUGACAUAGUUCAAUCAGUAUAUGAUACAUUACGAAAUUUUAAAAAGGAAGACGGCACUUUAUUAUGUGAUGGUUUUAUUAGAGCUCCCAAAAGAAGACAAGAACCAACAUAUUAUGAUGUAGUUUCCAAUCCAAUAGACAUGAUAAAAAUUCAACAAAAAAUAAAAACUGAUGAAUAUGAUGAUAUUGAGGAUUUACAAGCUGAUAUAGAAUUAUUAACAAACAAUGCAAAGUCAUUUUAUAAGAAAAAUUCUCAAGAGUAUAAAGAUGCAGUAGAGUUGUGGGAUGUUUUUUUAGCGACCAAAAAUAAUUUAAUGGAAAGAGAAGGAACACCCAAAGAAAAGCUUGUUCUUCGUGUUGGAAAAUUGGGUAAAAGAGGGGGAUCAGCAGCUUCGGUAUCAAAGUCUGAACACACUGAUGAAGAAGAAAGUAAUUCAUCAUUUGCUGGAAUGGAUGAUGAAUUAGCUAUGUGUGAAGAAUUAUUUACUGCUGUAAUGUCUGCUACAGAUAAUGAUAAUCGUCUUUUAUCAGCUGCAUUUCAGCUUUUGCCUUCUAAAAAACGUUAUCCUAAUUAUUAUGAAGUUAUAGAAAAUCCGAUUGACUUACGAUCUAUUGCUCGUAAAAUACAAGAUGGAAAGUAUACAAAUUUAGCUGAAAUGGAACGAGAAUUAUUAAUAAUGACAAAAAAUGCAUGUUUAUUUAAUGAGCCUGGUUCACAAAUAUACAAAGAUGCUAAAACUCUAAAAAAAGUAAUUACUAGUAAAAAAAUAGAAGUUGAUCAUGGUAAAUAUGCACCAAGCAAAAGUAGUGAAAGAAUAAGGGCUAAACGUAUGAGAGGUAGUCAAACUUCAAUGUCUGCUGUAACAGCUGCUUUACAAUCUGAAGAUGAGGAAGAUUCUGACUUAGAUGAAGAUACUGUGACUGAUAGUCAAAGUAAUGCUGAUGGUCCUGAUAAUCCUAGAUGGCAGUUGUAUAAUGCUGUCCGUUCAGCUAAUGGAUCACAAGGAAAUUUGCUCAGUGAUUCAUUUUGGAAAUUACCAUCCAAACGAUACUAUCCUAACUAUUAUCAUGAAAUUCGUAAUCCACUUUCACUAAUGCAAAUUGGAAAAAAAUUAAAGAAUGGUGAUUAUGGUACAGUCAGUGAAGUGGCAGGGGAUAUGAAUGUUAUGUUAGAAAAUGCAAAAAAAUAUUUUACCCCGGAUACAAAACAAUAUAAGGAUGCUGUAAAAUUACAAAAAGUUAUGCAGACUAAAGCUCAAGAAUUGUUAGACUUAGCACAUCAAUAUUCUGAUAGUGAAGAUGAUUCUGCUGAUGAUGAUUUAUCUCAUUCAACGUCUCGAACAUCUAAGAAAUUUGCUCGUUCUCCGCGAUGUCUUACUCGAGGAAAAUAUUUGAAUAAUAUUCCUCUUAAGCGACGUUUAUAUGCUCUAUGCAAAUGUUUAAUGGAUUAUACAACUGAACAUGGUCGUGUACCUAUGUUAAUGUUUAUGGAAAGGCCAUCUAAAAAACUGUAUCCUGAUUAUUAUAAAGUCAUUGCCGAACCAAUUGAUAUGCUAACAAUUGAAGAGAAAAUAAAACAAGAAAAGUAUAAGAGUGAAGACGAAAUAUUGCUUGAUUUUAAAUUAAUGUUCGAUAAUUGUCGUCAAUUUAAUGAAGAAGGAUCAUUAAUUUAUGAAGAUGCAAAUACUUUAGAAAAGGUACUUUUAGAUCGCUCUAAAGAGUUGGGUCCCGUGUUAAGUAAACCUAAUAAAAUUGUUUCUAGUUCAUUGUUGAAAUUCCGGAAAUCUCAGCUUCCUCAAGCAACCCUUCAAAAAAUGCGUACGUUAUUCAACACUAUUAAAGAUUAUAAAGACCAAAAAGGUCGUUUGUUAUCUAUUAUCUUUAUGAAACUUCCAUCCAAAAGUGAAUAUCCAGAUUAUUAUGAGGUUAUAAAAAAACCUAUUAAUUUGGAAGUAAUAUCUCAAAAACUUAAGAAUAAUUUGUAUGAAAGCCUCGAUGAUUUGGCUGCGGAUUUUGUAGUGAUGUUUGAUAAUGCUUGUAAAUAUAAUGAGCCUGAUUCUCAAAUUUAUAAAGAUGCAUUAACAUUACAAAGACUUACAUUGCAAACUAAGUUACAAUUGAGAGCAGAUGAAGACAGUACUCCUGAUGUUCAAAGUGCAGUUCAAGAAUUAUUAACUUCACUUUUUACCAGUGUUUAUAACCAUCAAGAUGAAGAAGGGCGAUGUUUUUCAGAUUCUAUGGCAGAAUUACCUGAGCAUGAUGACAUUGAUGGUCAUAAGAUCAGAGGCUUGUCUUUAGAUUUAAUUAAAAGAAGAUUAGAUGGAAAUCAAUACAAACGAUUAGAUACAUUUCAAGAUGAUUUAUUCGCAUGUUUGGAACGAGCUAGGCAGCUGUCACGAACUGAUUCACAAGUAUUUGAAGAUUCUAUUGAAUUACAAUCAUAUUUUAUUAGACAAAGAGAUGAAGUAUGUCGUAAUGGAGAUUUGCUGAAUUCGCCUGCUUUGAAUUAUUCCCUAUUGGAUUUAUCAUUAUCGGUAAAUGAUAUGAGAGAGAGAAAAAUGGCUGAAGAAUCUAUUAGUGGUAAUCCAGAAGAGGAUGAAAUUAAAACAGAAAACGAUAAUAUUCAAGAAGAACAAGAAGAAAAUUCACCACCUCUUAUUGCUGGCACUACUGAUGAUUCAGUAUGUGUAAAUCAAUUAGUUUAUAGAGUUGGCGAUUUUGUUUAUGCAGAACCCCAAGAACGUGGUCAAGAACUUAUGAUUUUAAAUAUUCAGCGAUUAUGGACUAAUCAAGAAUCACAACAAAUGCUGUAUGGAAAUCAUUUUUAUCGACCUAGUGAAACAUAUCAUUUAUCAACUCGGAAAUUUUUAGAAAAAGAGGUAUUCAAGACUGAUUUAAAUAUUACUAUACCAGUAAGCCGAAUUAAAGGCCGUUGCGCUGUCAUAAGUGUUAAAGAUUAUUUCCGUUAUCAACCUAAAGGGUUUAAUGAAAAGGAUGUAUAUGUAUGUGAAUCUAGGUAUUCAUCUAGAUGUAGAAAUUUUAAAAAAAUUAAGAAUUGGGCCUUAAGUUUAACUGCGACUUGGGAAUUAGUUGAAAGAGAAGAACCUUUGGAUCCUAAACGAGUGAUGUCUGUAUUUCGUGACCGUGUGGAAAAACAUAAAGAAGAGAUAGCUGAACUUGAAGAACAUGAAAAAAUAGUUGAAAAAGAAAAACCAAAUGUAUUAAUACCAAAUCCUCCUGGAGUUAUUGAUGAUGGAAGCAUUUAUUAUGAACAAUAUAACUGUCAUGCUGGUAUUCUCAAACCGGGUGAUUUUAUUUAUGUGAAAAAUGAUGGUCAAAAUCAGAUAAUACAAGUUGAUAGAAUUUGGGUCAAUAAACAAGGAGCCGCAUUUGUUUAUGGUCCUGUAUUAUUAACACCCAUGGAUCUUCCAAAUUUUUCUGGUCGACAGUUCUUCAAACAAGAAGUUCUUCUAACCAAUAAUGAAGAAACGGUACCAAUAUCAAAAAUUACAGGGAAAUGUUCUGUAUUGGAACAUGCUGAAUAUAUAUCAUGUCGUCCUGCUGAAAUAGCUGAAGAUGAUGUUUAUCUUUGUGAUUCAGUUUAUGAUGAAAAUACUAAACAAAUCAGAGAAUUGCCUAAAGAUGGUUUAAAAAAGUACACUCAUUCUCCAGCUGUAAAUCAAGAUGAAUUUUAUUUCUUUAGGAGACUCAUUCAUCCAGUAAAAGUUGGUGCAAUUGAAAAUCAUACUCAAUUGAAUGAUGUUAAAACAGUGUAUAACCAACAUUAUGAUUCUGUAUCAAAUGUUAGUUCUCCAGUAAUGCCUAAAUUAGAGCCAGCUGAUACAAUGACAGAGGAUUCAAUGGAUGGAGGUCCACCAUCUGUCAGCUCUUCUGAUCUGGGUGAACGUACUUUGAAUACUUCAACAAUCCUAUCUACACCAUCUAGAAAAAAAAAUCCUAAUCAUAAAAAAUUGGUUACUGGUUAUAUAUUAUAUACUAGUGAUGUUCGUAAAGCUGUUGUACAAAAUAAUCCAGACCGUAGUUUUGGUGAAGUUAGCCGUAUAGUUGGCAAUGAAUGGCGUAAUUUAUCACCAACAGAAAAAAUGGCAUACGAAGAACGGGCUAAUAGAUUAAACGAAGAGAAUUAUCCACAAUGGCGUCAACAAUCUCUUCAAGCACCACCCCCUCCUGAAGGUUCUGAUCUUAUAUGGGAGUGUGGUUGGGAUAAUUGUGAUUGGCAAUUUGAAGAUCAGUCAGAUUGUUUAGAUCAUGCUGUUGCUGACCAAUACGGACAUGUACAAACAUUCUUUGCUGCAAUUCCUCCGAGUGACAUUGAAUUUCAAUGUCAAUGGAGAGGGUGUCUCAGAGUUAAAAAGACUGGUAUUGCUCCAUUUCCAAGUUUGCAUCGUUUAGUUCGACACGUGAAGGAAGUGCAUAUACUUAAAAAUCCUGGAAAACAUGUACCAUUAUCAGAACGCAAUAAAAAUUUCAUGCUGAGCACGCGCUCAGCUAUUCCAACUACUUCUGUUUUAUCAGUAGCACCUGUGUCUCCACCACCAAUUGAAAAUUCUAAUGUUGGAGGAGCUGUCAAUGUGUUAAACCAAAUUAAUAGGAAUACUCCUUCGCCCAUGUCUCAAAAUGGUUCGGCGAGCAAUAAUAGCAUUACUAUUAACAAACACCCAGAGCCACUAUUUGUAACAGUGCCUCCAAGACCUACAAGGGUUUUUCAUUCUGAAGCUUAUAUCAAAUACAUUGAAAGUUUAAAUCUGGAAAGUAAACCUAGUUGGGAACGUCAGUUGAUUGCUACACAAGAAAAUACCAAAGGUCCAGAUGAUCCAAAUUCUCUUCCAGCAAUUCAGUGGUUAGGAAAAGGAAUUGGUAAUCAUGGAAAUGUUUUAAACGCUUUAUGGGCAUUAAGAAAUUUCAUGAUGAAAGAUGCUAUGGGCUUAUCAAAAACUGAUGAAUAAGUUAAUAAAAAAUAAACAAUGACUUUUUUUUUGGUAUAAUUUGUGAAACAGAUGUUUAUUUGUCUGUUAAACUCACUUAGUUCUAGAAGGUUUUUUUUCAUUAACAUUAAUUAUUAUACAAAAGCAUUAGUUUUUUUUUACUAUUAUCUUAAAU